CCAGAACCAUAUUUCCUAGGGCUUUUGUGGGGUUUUUCAUCAUCCUGACGAUGAGUUUGGUGGCAGGUUCAUAUGAGAGAUUCAUAUGGGGAUUCAAGCUCAAGCCUGCCCACAAUUCAGAUGAAACCCUAUCCCUAGCUCCUCUAUUCUCGUACCCCUCUCAUCUCUCCCAGAUCAAAGCCGUUGCAGUCUCCGGUCCCGUUGUUGCCUCCGGCGGUACCGACGACACCAUCCAUAUAUACAAUCUCAAUGAUUCCUCUUCCCUUGGUUCUCUUCACGAACACACCGGCACCAUCACCGCCCUUUCAUUUUAUACUCCUCCGCACCUCAACUUUCCUCGCAAUCUCAUCUCCGCCGCCGCUGACGGAGCCGUUUGCAUCUAUGAUGCUGAUUCCUUCGUUCACCUGAAGACCAUAUCUGCCCACAAGAAAGAUGUUAACGAUCUCGCCCUGCAUCCCUCGGGUAAGUUAGCAUUGACAGUUGGUCGGGAUGAGUGCUUAGCCAUGCUGAAUUUGGUGAGGGGAAGAAGGAGCUUUUGCUGUAGGUUGGGAAGAGAAGCUAGCCUGGUGAAGUUUGAUUUGACUGGCGAUAAGUUCACUAUGGCCAUGGAAGAGAAGGUGUCGGUCCACGAGGCUGAGGAUGCUCGGUUGUUGUUGGAAUUCCAGAACCAGAAGCGGAUUCUGUGUGUCGAGCCUGGUGAGAAUGGUCUUUUAUAUAUUGGUGGUGAGGACCGCAAUAUUACAGCAUGGGAUACAAACAGUGGGAAGGUUGCAUAUUGUAUUGAAGAUGCUCAUAAAUCUCGAGUAAAAGGAAUUGUUGUGCUCACUAAGCAUGGUAGUGCCAGCAACGGCGAUGACCCUCACCUGGUGGCAACUGCUUCAUCUGAUGGAGACAUACGCGUCUGGGAUGAUCGCAUGGCUACUCGAGGGAAGCCGAAUCCAUUGGCCGAGGCUAAUACGAAAUCACGGUUGACUUGUCUUGCUGGAUCAUCUAUAAAACAUGUUAAAUGCUGAGUCAUUUGAUGUGCUUUUUCCUUAUAGAUUAAGGAAAUAUUGUUAUUUUAUUGACUAGUAGCGGCUGACAGUAAAAUAUCCUGUCUGCCUCUACUUUUUUCUACUCUAAUGCCUACUUUGCUCGCUAGCCAGUUCUGUUGUAUAUUACAACAGUACAUUCUUUUA